AUGGGAGAGAUCUGUUCUUCGCCGGCAAUGGCUAUGAAGAAGAUCGUGACUGGUGACGACAUAUCAUUGCCUCCUGAGGAAAUCAUCUUAAACAUUCUUAAACAACUUCCUGCAAAAUCCCGAUUCCGAUUUCAACUGAAUUUGAUCGUUCCAGAGUACAAGUUGAUCAGAAGGCUUCUCCCUAUUCUUCACAGUAAUGGAAGGCGACGCACAAUAUCUUCCCGAGGAAGUUAUCAGAAACAUUCUCACGCGACUUCCGGAUUUGGCUUCAGUCCAAUUCUUGAUGAUUACAAGAUAUUGAUAAUUCAUCCGACUCGGUAUUCAGCGCAAGUGUACUCAGUAGGCUCAGGGUCAUGGAACGGAGUGGAUUGUACAAUCUUAAACGACUGGCAUGAUCUUCACGAUGAUCCCAUCACUGUAAAUGGAUUUAUGUAUUGGAUUGGAUCAAAGGAGGAUGAGAAUGACCUUUUCGUGGUCUCAUUUGAUAUGGCAAUGGAAUUGUUUACUUUGAUAUCUCCAAUAAGCCCUCGUGAAGGAAGAGGAACAAUAAAGCUUACUGUUUAUGAGAAUAAACUUGGUCUGCUUUCUGUCAUUAGUGAAAACCAGAAUUCUUUUGUAACUAAUUUAUGGGUUAUGGAGGAAGUUACAGUAACUAUGUGGAAUAAUGAAAUUGUCUGCGAUGUAUAUUUUGGGGAUGAGUGUGAACCAAAAAUUUUUCUGAUCAAUAUCACUACUAGUGAAUUGAAGAUGGUUAAUGACCCCUUGUUCAACCUUGAUCUAUGUGAUGCUUUCAAUUAUGUGGAAAGCCUUGUAGCAGUUGGAGGAAUCAAAUCUACUACGAUGUUUGUGUAG